AUGGAGGAGGAGAGCGGCAGCGGCGCCGCGGGGACCAGCGGGGAUGGCGGCGCCCGCGGGGAGCAGCUCCUCACUGUCAAGCACGAGCUGCGGACCGCAAAUUUAACAGGACAUGCAGAGAAGGUGGGGAUUGAAAAUUUUGAGCUUCUGAAGGUCCUAGGAACUGGAGCUUAUGGAAAAGUAUUUCUAGUUCGUAAAAUAAGUGGCCAUGAUACUGGAAAGCUGUAUGCCAUGAAGGUUUUGAAAAAGGCAACGAUUGUUCAAAAAGCCAAAACUACAGAGCACACACGGACGGAGCGACAGGUCCUGGAGCACAUCAGGCAGUCGCCGUUUUUGGUGACGUUGCACUAUGCCUUCCAGACAGAAACUAAACUUCAUCUCAUUUUAGAUUAUAUAAAUGGUGGAGAACUUUUUACUCAUCUUUCUCAAAGAGAGCGUUUCACAGAGCGCGAGGUGCAGAUCUAUAUUGGGGAGAUCGUGCUCGCCCUCGAACACCUCCACAAGUUGGGGAUUAUAUACCGUGACAUUAAGCUUGAAAAUAUUCUGCUUGAUUCUAAUGGCCAUGUGGUGCUGACAGAUUUUGGUCUGAGUAAGGAGUUUGUGGCUGAUGAAGCUGAAAGAGCAUAUUCCUUUUGUGGCACUAUUGAAUACAUGGCACCAGAUAUUGUCAGAGGGGGAGACUCGGGACAUGACAAGGCAGUUGACUGGUGGAGUUUAGGUGUCCUGAUGUAUGAACUACUGACUGGAGCAUCCCCUUUCACUGUCGAUGGGGAGCAGAAUUCCCAAGCCGAGAUAUCUAGGAGAAUAUUAAAAAGUGAGCCUCCGUAUCCCCAAGAUAUGAGUGCUUUAGCUAAAGACCUAAUUCAGCGUCUUUUGAGGAAAGAUCCCAAGAAAAGAUUGGGAUGUGGUCCGCGGGAUGCCGAUGAAAUCAAAGAACAUCUCUUUUUUCAGAAAAUAAAUUGGGAGGAUUUAGCUGCCAAAAAAGUGCCCGCCCCGUUCAAGCCGGUGAUCCGCGACGAGCUGGACGUGAGCAACUUCGCGGAGGAGUUCACGGAGCUGGACCCCACCUACUCGCCCGCCGCGCUGCCCCGCAGCUCCGACCGCCUUUUUUAGGGCUACUCCUUUGUUGCCCCUUCUAUUCUGUUCAAGCGUAACGCGGCCGUGGUAGACCCUCUUCAGUUUCACGUGGGAGCGGAACGUCCCGGAGUGACAAAUGUUGCCAGGAGUGCAAUGAUGAAGGACUCUCCAUUCUACCAGCACUAUGAGCUCGACCUGAAAGACAAACCACUGGGAGAAGGAAGUUUUUCAAUUUGUCGCAAGUGCAUACACAAAAAAAGUAACCAAGCAUUCGCAGUCAAAAUAAUCAGCAAAAGGAUGGAAGCCAAUACUCAGAAAGAAAUAACAGCUCUGAAGCUCUGUGAAGGACACCCCAAUAUUGUGAAAUUGCACGAAGUUUUUCAUGAUCAGCUUCACACUUUUCUCGUGAUGGAACUUCUGAACGGGGGAGAGCUGUUUGAACGCAUUAAGAAAAAGCAGCACUUCAGCGAGACCGAGGCCAGCUACAUCAUGCGGAAGCUCGUCUCAGCCGUGAGCCACAUGCACGACGUGGGAGUGGUGCACCGAGACCUGAAACCCGAGAAUUUAUUGUUCACUGAUGAAAAUGACAAUUUGGAAAUUAAGGUAAUUGAUUUUGGGUUUGCACGCUUAAAGCCGCCGGAUAACCAGCCUCUCAAGACCCCGUGCUUCACCCUUCACUUUGCCGCCCCGGAGCUCUUGAACCAUAACGGCUACGAUGAGUCCUGCGACCUCUGGAGCCUGGGCGUCAUCUUGUAUACAAUGUUGUCCGGGCAAGUUCCGUUCCAGUCUCAGGACCAAAGUUUGACUUGCACCAGCGCAGUGGAAAUCAUGAAGAAAAUUAAAAAGGGAGAUUUCUCCUUUGAAGGAGAAGCCUGGAAGAACGUAUCCCAAGAGGCUAAAGAUCUGAUCCAAGGACUUCUCACAGUCGAUCCAAAUAAAAGGCUUAAGAUGUCUGACUUGAGAUACAAUGAGUGGCUUCAAGACGGCAGUCAGCUGUCCUCCAAUCCUCUGAUGACUCCCGACAUCCUGGGAUCCUCAGGAGCUGCCGUGCACACCUGCGUGAAAGCCACCUUCCACGCCUUUAACAAAUACAAGAGGGAGGGGUUUUGCCUCCAGAAUGUGGAUAAGGCCCCGCUGGCCAAGAGAAGGAAAAUGAAGAAGACCAGCACCAGCACGGAGACGCGCAGCAGCUCGAGCGAGAGCUCCCAUUCCUCGUCCUCGCAUUCCCACGGCAAGACCACCCCCACAAAGACCCUGCAGCCGGGCAACCCCGCCGACAGCAGUAACCCCGACACCCUCUUCCAGUUCUCGGACUGACGGUGCCCAGCGGCAGGACUGUGACCCGUGAGCCUGGCACCUUGGCUCCCUCUGCGAUGCCUGAGGCCAUGUGUCAUGAAAGUCAAAGACUGUCUGCUCUAAGAAAGUAAAAUAUCCUGAAUGAGCCAAAAAACCAAGCAAACAAAAAUGUCCCACUGGCCUCAUUGGACUCUGCCUCUUAGGGAAUUUUUCAGGAAAACUAUCAGUUAUCCUGUCCUGAAGCACUGGACGGAGAGUGUUGCUGUGAAUGGGCACAGGUCACACGGUUUAGCGGCCUAGCGGGAUGCCAGCGGGACGAUUCUGGAAAGAGCAGAGGCCCCUGUACAUGUCAUUAGGGGCUGGUUGGAUUUGAACUGCUUACAGAGUGAGUCACAGGUCUUUCAGAUGUCCGCCAGCCAGAGCUGCUCCUACUGUGACGAUGACACCUCUGCCUCGCCUUGUGGGUAAUGUGGGCCUUUCAGAGAUUUGCACCCUUUGAACACUGAUCUAUCGGAGAAAAUGUCUGUUUUCAAAAAGACUCUGUAAUGAAUUUUAUGUGUGGCAUAGACUUAUCUCUUGAGAAGGGAUUUUAACUUAUUGUUUUUAUUUUGUGGUUACAUGAUGAUAACCUGCUAUUACUCAUCUUUUUCUCAAAGGUUAAAGGGAAGCUCCAAGGCCCCACGGCCCGGGCUCCGUGCUGGGCCGCCGGAGCUGCAUGCAAGGCCCGUGUUUCCAUUUUGCGCCGCUCUCUCCCCGCACUUUGUUUCAAUGGUAUCGCGGAACCUUAAGGUACAUGUCUUUGUUUUAGGUAAUUCUGCACUUUAUAAAAGGCGACAAAUAAAGCAAACUACUUUAUGAAGUGCACUGGUGAAAGCGUACGUACUGUACUUUCGCCAUUUUUUCCAUUAUCUGCUUUCAGUUGGUCCUCGCAGCCCCUUCUCCUUGGUUUGCACGAGUGGAACGGGCCGCUCGGGCAGCCUCGCGAGGGAGACCCAAAGGGAAACUGUUCAGCACUGUGCUUCGUCUUUGUACACUGUGUUGCCUGCAGGGAGGCGUUUCCUCCCGUAGCCGGAUAUCAUGUACAUAAGAUUUUAGAACCAUAGCUAUGACUUAUUGGGAAAUUUUCCUGUUAAAUUUUAAAUCCAGGAAGCAUAUUUUAUAAACUUACGCAGAGCACUUUUAUUGCUCAAAAGUUCUGAAUUCAUUCAGAAAACAAGUGUUAUGUGAUGAAGACGUGUCACUGAAGGAUUGCUGCAUUUACAGAUAUGAUUAAUUCGUUUUCUAUGCAAAAAAGGACAUGCUAGAAUUUGUAUGUUAUAUUUUCUUUUAAAGCCAUCACACGAAAUGUUAAGUCUGAGAAAGGUGAUCUUUGCUGUGUUUACAGGAAUCGUGCUUAAAAAAAUAAUGCCCAACACGUUUAUUUUAGUUUUUGUUAAUGAUAACCUCUGGAGCAUUAGUUUGGAAUUUGGGUAUGGUAUUUAUUUAUUCAUUUCUUGGGAUAAUGCAGCAUUGUUUUCAGCCAGCUAAAAAUAUUGCACUCUAUGUAAUAGUGUAUUUAUUGCUAAAUCAGUGUAUAUAUUAAUAGCACAGGCAACAAAAAUGGCAAAUAUUAAAAUAUUUUCAAAAUAUUA